GUGAAGAGUGGGGACAGGUGAGAGCACCCAAUGCCAACCGCUUCAUCUUCUCCCAUGACCUGUCAAAUGGUGCCUUAAACAUGCUGGAAGUGUUUGUGUCCAGCCUGGAUGAGUUUCAGCCAGACCUCGUGGUACUUUCAGGACUUCACAUGAUGGAAGGCCAGAGCAAGGAGAUGCGGCAAAGACGACUUAUGGAGGCUGUGGACUCCAUCUCUGACAUCCCUACGGACAUUCCCGUACACCUGGAGUUGGCCAGCAUGACGGAUCAGGAUUUUAUGAGCAACAUUAUGCAUCAGGUCUUUCCCCUGGUGAACUCCAUUGGGCUGAAUGAGCAGGAGCUGCUGUUCCUCACGCAGUCUGCCUCUGGUCCCCACGCCUCCCUGGCUUCCUUGAGCGGAGUUCCUGACGUGGGUGUCAUCAGCGACAUCCUCUUCUGGAUCCUGAAGGAGCACGGGAAGACCGAGGAGCGCGCCUCCGACCUGACACGGAUCCACUUCCACACCCUGGCCUAUCACAUCCUGGUCACGGUGGACGGGUACUGGGGCAACCAGGUCGCUGCUGUGGCUGCUGGUGCUCGAGCAGCAGGGACUCAGGCCUGCGCGACCGAAACCAUCGACACCAGCAGAGUCUUUCUUAAAGCUCCUCUGGAGUUUGUGACCUCCCAGACAGAAGCACCUUCCAAAAUCUUUUUAAAUCCGGAUGAGCCAGUGGUGCAUUGGCACAGAGAAGGCAUCUCGUUCCAUUUGACUCCCGUUCUGGUGUGUAAAGAUCCUGUGCGGACCGUGGGACUUGGAGAUGCUAUUUCAGCUGAAGGACUGCUCUAUUCAGAAGCAUAUCCUCAAUAG